GGCGGCGGACGGCGGCGGCGGGAGGUUCGGUUGUCGCCCGUUGGCCGCGAGGCGCCGCGUUCGGCGGCCGCCAUUGCAGCUUGUCUUCAGUUUGCUUUUCUAAUCGAAAAAGCUGAUGGUGCAAAUUGUCGUUUCCAGUGCUGGGGCUGGAGGCUUGGCAGAAUGGGUGCUGAUGGAGCUACAGGGGGAGAUCGAGGCUCGCUACAGCACUGGAUUAGCUGGAAACCUCCUGGGAGACCUACAUUACACCACCGAGGGAAUUCCUGUGCUGAUUGUGGGGCAUCAUAUCCUUUAUGGGAAAAUUAUCCGUUUGGAGAAGCCAUUUGCUGUCCUGGUAAAAAGUGGUUCUGGGGAACAGGAAUGUGAUGAAAGUGGCAGACAGACAGGAACUCGGUACCUAGUGAAAGCACUAAUAAAGAACAAGAUUCUCUUCAAAACUCGCCCAAAACCCAUUAUCACCAACGUUCCCAAGAAAGUAUGAAAGAACCAAGGAUUUUUUCUAGAGAGCGGCCAACUCCUUGGACUCGUGCCCCAUUCCCACCCCGAGGACGGAUAGACGGUACUCUUGGUUCA